AUGACGAAUUUUCUUGACCGAUGUGAAGGAACCUUUCUUGCUCAUGCUAUAGCUGAUCAACUUUCUGCUCCAACACUAAUGGCGUAUCAUUUAACCCAAAGCCUUUUAGAACUAAAUAAAUUUGAUUCAUCAGAUGUCUUGUCACGUUAUCUAUGGAUGUAUCACAGCAACAAAUGUGAUAUGGGAGAAAUUGUAAAACUAAUUUAUGAUGUUCAUGUUAGUAGAAUACAAACGAAAAAAAGAGAAUUAAAGCAAGAAGACUUCAAAUUUGAUAUUCAACAAAUUAAUGAAACAUGUCAAAAAGUUGAUGAAAAAUUAAAACAUUUAACAUCUGGUAUUAAUCCCGCUCAUCGAUCAUUUCCUAUUGCAUUGUGUCCUUUAAUAAAUGACUAUAAUGUAUUCCAAUUUUCUGUGGAAGAUGCUCAUCUUACUCAUUAUUCUCCAAUAGCUGGUCAAGUAUCUGGUAUUGUUAAUUUAAUUUGUCGAUAUCUGAUAAAAGGUCAAGAAUGGAAUGACGCUGUUCAUAAUGUCCUCACUGUUCCAAACUUAGAUAAUAAUAUACGGUUACUUUAUACCAAUUAUAAACGUUUUCCACUUUUUGAAAAAUCAAAACCUGCUGCAUAUGCGCCAAAUGCACUCAAUACUGCACUCUAUUGUCUUAAUGAUGUACAUGUGCACUCAUUUGAAAGUGCAUUACAAAAAGUUUACGAAACAGACAAGAACUAUGCACCAGCCCUUGUUGGAAUUCUCGCAGGUUGUAGAUGGGGUGUUUCUCAAAGCAUGCUAGAUACAGCUGGAGCUAUCCUUGAAAGCGUAAGUGGCAUAAGAAAAACAGCAAAUGUACUAGCAAAACUAUGGGAACAACACUCUCCUAAAGGCGCUAAUGCAACAGUUUAUGCUUAA